CUUCAUCAGGUAACACCCUUUACAUAAAUGAAAAGCACUGCUGAGAAAUAUUUUAGCUGAAAAACAUGCAUAAAGCAUGCAAAAAAUUUGUAUGUAAGUGCAUAUAAAUGUCACCAAUGUGUCUCUAAAUUGCACAUAUACACACAUAAGCAUAUAUAAAUCUGUCUCAUUAGUGUGUUUUAGCUAACUUUGUCUUUCCAUUGUUGACAGGUAAUUUUUCUAUAGCAUUAACUAGUUGCACUAAAAUACUACAUGGCUAAAAACUAGUAUAGACUUGUUUGUCUCAAUGUCUGCUUAAGCUGACUUUCCUAAUAUGCUGUUACUUAUGUAGGCAACUUCAUAAAGACCUAACCACUUUUCUUGUGAUACUGAUGGCUCAGUAUGGCUUACACUUGUAACAUAGGUCUUCUCUCCUCUGCUUUAAACACCGUGCACCUCAGUUGAAGUUUUGUUCCAACUAAGUCAUUUUGGUUUUUUUUCAAAUUUAAGGGAAUGGCCAAGCUAUCACUCAGAUUACACAUAUGCAUGGGGGAAAGCUCAGCAAAAGGGUCACUCCCUCUUGUUCUUGUUGUUGGUGCUUCUUUUUUUUUUUUUUUUUUUUUUGGGGGGGGGGGGAGGUUUUAGAGUCCUGCAUCUGAGAAAGUGUGACCUAUGACCCCUCAUACCUAUAUAUACCUAUUUUUUACAACAACUGAUCAUGUAUUUAAGUGAAGUUGUUUCAGCCAUUUACACCAUUACAUUAGUAUGCAAAUUCUCAUACUGUUUUCUGUACAUUUCUUGUGAUUCUUACAAGGAUAAUUUUUCUAACAAGCAAGAGCUUCUUGAGUUCAUAAUCAUUUCCUUUAUUCUCACUGGAGAUACUGUCAGGAGAAAUCAGAUGCUUAUAUUCCUAUGGGAGUAAAGGGUUUCAAACUGGGUUAUGUUGUAACACUGUUGCUAUUGCCAACUCCUAUUGUGUUUGAACUGUAUGAUUGGCCGCUGUGAAAACUUUUUUAGUUUAGAUCCCCUCGAGACGCGUUCGAUUGCGAAGUAAGAAAAAAGCCCGACGAGUCAAUAUGUAUAUUAAGGCCUAUUUACACGGCACGACUUUGUCGCGUGCGACAAGCUUACGACAGGCCUACGACAUGACUUAAGAGUCGUAAGCGAGUUGUAGGUUUGAUUUACACGAAACAAUUCGUGUCGUAAGCCUGUCGUAAGCUUGUCGCAUGCGACAAAGUCGUACCGUGUAAAUAGGCCCUUACACAUACCAGUUGUUAAGGCGCGGCAAGCUUGUGGGCUCAAAAAUUCCGGAAGUUGGCACGGAACUCCAUCUAAGUCGGAACAAACUAUGUCAUCCGUAUCGUUGAAGAUGGAAGAUAGCCUGAAAGAGUUGAUUCAAAUUUUUUUGAAAAAUCGGGGAGAAGUAGAACUUGGACAUGCAAUUCUACAACUUUCUCGAGCUAACCGUAAAGUUGUGUCAGAUUUUGGGGCGCAAGAGUUUGUCAAUAAGUUUCCAAUACUUUUCCAGACCAGGCGAACGAAAUCGAAAGUAAUGUUGAGGUUGGACGUUCCUCUCGAGUUUUGUCCUCAAGCGGGGAAAAAAGGUGGAUGUACUGAUAUGAGGUGUUUUCGUCUUCAUUUGUGCCCUUUCUUUGUCAAAGAAACCUGCAAAUUUGGUGACAAGUGCAAAAGGUCUCACGAUUAUCAAGACGAACAUGCGAUGCGCAUUCUGCAACACUUCCGCCUUAGCUUUCUUGACCUUAGUCUUCUUCAAGGUAUACUGAAGAUGAUUGUUGACGAGAGUGAGAUUCAGCGAGCGGCUGCCGGUCGCUCUUUACCAGACAUCUGUAUAUUCUACAACAACAAGAGUGGUUGUAAGAAAGAAGAAAAUUGUCCCUGUCUUCACGUGUGUGAGCACUUCGUCGAUGGCGAUUGUAAAUUCGGCGGAGAAUGCAAAAGAGACCACGACUUCUCUGAUUCACAUAACAGAAAAGUUCUUCAGCAGUAUGAUAUGGGGCACAUCAGUAUCCAUAAAGUGCUUCAACUACUUAAGGGCAGGGAAAGGAAGAGAACUGUUAACGCAAGUUCUGACGGUAAGGUCCGAAUAGUUAAUAAUUAACAACUGUAUAUGUUAGCUCAGUUCUCCAACAAAGUUUUCUCUUAAAAAAGGAAAGGAGUCAGUUUAGACAUUCAUUUAGGAUAUAAGCUUACGACUAUUAUAUGCGAUCAACUUACACCACAACUUUCACAUGAAUUCUGCCUUCUGAAACAUAUAUGAAACAACUUUCAAACAGACUUGUACAACAGGAAAUAUGAAUAGUUGGGUAUUUUGAAUAAACAUUGUAUUGAAAUAUUGAUCUCAUAGCCUUUAGCGAGAUAUGAAUCACGGAUGGACAAAAAUCAUGCUGACACUUAAACAAUUAAACAAGUGCCUUAAAAAGUUUGUUUCAUGGGCAAUAAAGUGUGACAGAGUUUUCUACAGUCAUUUAUUGAUGAAUUUUAAAAUUUGUUUAACUUUUCCCAUAAUACAGGUAGCAUUUGCUCACAUGCUGUCAACCCCAGUCAAGAUGACAAAGGCAAAGAUACUGAGAUUUGUGGAUUCCACUUGCGUGGCAAGUGUAACUAUGGCAAUAACUGCGUCCAUCACCAUACAGAUUUACCCUAUUUAUGGCAAUUUGCUGCACAGGGUGAUGACCAGUGGGAAAGUUUUUCAAAUGAAGAGAACACAAUCCUCGAGAAUUGUUACUGUGAUGUCAAAAAUGAACACUCUAGUCGUGUAACAAUAAAAGGAUCUAUUUAUCUUGUUAACUUCCAGGAUAUGACUGCUGUUCCAGUUUCAUUUCCAGGUACCACAGCAAAGAUGUUAAAAUUGAGAGGGGAAAGUGGGUUUAUUUAAUAUGUGACAUUCAAAUAUCCUGUAAUAGACAAUUAUGACAGAAACAACUUUUUUUUUGGGAGAGCACCAAAGCUACCUUCUGGUCCAUGUCAGGAUGAAAAAAAGAUGAUGUAUAGGAAAAUGGGCCUUAGCUAGCUAGAGAAGGCUUGGUAUGUAAAAAGAGGCAAAAUGUUUUCUGUCCAACCUGCUUCAUUUUCUCUAGAAAAACAUUUGAAAAGCGUUAGGACCAACCACAUGAAAUACAAAAAGAUGCCAGCCUUUUAUUAUUGAAUUAAUUACUUUGCUUGGUGCAUGAAGUUGCUUUUAAAUUGAUCUGACCAUUCUUUUAUUGUUGUUAAUUGUUAACUUGUGUGAAAUCCAUUAUAAAGGAAACAGGUUUCAGCUUUUAGAAAAGAGAGGAUGACCUUCUCUUGUGGUUAAACACUCAUUUCAAAACUUUACCAUUCACAAAUAGAACUGAAGAAUAACAGGUAUACCCUUGUCUUGACUAAAGUUGGGGCUAACAGUUUUUAUUAUUGUUUUCUGUAAGUGUGUAAGACCACUGAGACUGUAAUAAAGGUUCGGAGACUAUCCACCAUGUCAUCAGCAGUUGCUGCAGCAGGCCAUGUGUUCAGCACCAGAUGGGAGUGGUACUGGAAAGAUGAGAACAACAAGUGGCAAUCAUAUGAUACUCCUGGUGAUGGACAUGCUGUGAACACAACUAGCAGUCAGUGUUUUGAAAGAGAGUAUCAAGCAGGUAAGGUAGAAAAGAAAUGACUGUAUGCUUUAAUGAAAGUGGAAGAAAAUGUAUUUGUUUUGCAGAGAGACCUUUGAGAUAUUAUAGCUGUGAUAGCAGUAGUCUUCCCAAAAGCUGUCCUCUCACAUGUAUAUGAUUUAGAAGGGACUUUCUGGUAAGCUUGGUGACUAUGUAAUAAAGAAGGAAUUCAAGGGGCUAUGGCAGGUAGGGUGGAGUCUAGGUAGAUGCAGUGGUCUGGUGGCUUGUCGGUUGGAGUCUAGAUUGAAAGUCUUGGUUGAAGCUUAGUUCUUGUUGCACAAGACACUCUACUCUCACAUACCCUUUUCUACCUAGGAAUGUAAAUAAUAGGUACCAGCAAACUGUUUGAGAAUGAAAACUUGCAGGGGUAACCCAAGGAUGGUGUGGGAUCCCCCAUGAAGGGGAAACUAGUAAUACUUGUUGUGUCCUUAUGUUACUGAGACUAGAAUAACCUUUGGCAGGAUGAAGCUUGAAGUCUUGCAACUUGUUAACUUGCUUUGCCAUGGAGCAAAGUAUUCAAAAUUUAAUCUCUUUUAGCCAUAUAUUAACCCUGUAACUAUCAGAAGUGAUUAAAUUGUAACUUCUCCCUAUAAUAUACAUACUCUUAAUCCAGGAAACAGGCAAUGGGAAUACUCAAACUUACCAGGUGGAAGUUUUUAUCUCAAUCUACAAUGUAACACCAAAUUCUUGUGUCUAAUUUCCAAGGAAAUGUGUGGCAGCUAGUGGGGAGAAUUAAAAAUCAGAUCUGUGGAGUUAAAGGGUUUAAUUUUGCUUGCUUGCUUGUUUGUUUGUUUGUUUUCUUUUUAGGGAAGGACACUCACCCUUUUAGUGCUUCUCAUCACCAAUACACUUUGGACUUUAAAAGAUGGUGCCAGAAAAAUAACAAGUAUAAGACAGAAAGGCCUGUCAGAAGGAGACCAGCUGAGUUUGUGUCCAAACAUAAUAUAGCAGAUAUUGUCUCUCAAAGGUGAUUAUAUUACAAUUUUGCAAUGUUUGAAAGCACAAGGUGGGGUGGGGAGGUGUACUUUUCGAGAGCAAAACUUCAAAGAUAUGACAGAGGUUAUCACUCAGAGGUGAUUACUCUGCAAUGUUGUCAUGUUUGAAAGUACAGGGUGGAAGGGGUGGAGCAAGAUUUUAAAGAUAUGCCAAAGAAAUUAUCACUCAGAGGUUAUUGUUUUACAAUGUGGUGAUGUUUGAAAGCACAGUGUGGGAGGGAGUACUUUUAAAAUGCAAGACUUUAAGAUAUGACAAAGAGAUUAUCACUCAGAAGUGAUUAUUCUACAAUGUUGUGAUGUUUGAAAGCACAUGGUGGGGGAUGGGGAUACUCUAAGAUAUAACAAAGGUAAGUAAACACCUUUAAACUGGAAUUUGUUUAGAAUUAGUCUGCAAAGAAACUAUUUUAAUUUGAAACCCUCUCUGUAUUCAUGCAAAGUGAAGGGUUUGAUUUUCCUUUUCUUUACCACAUUAAAGAUAAUUUUUUCACGGAGCAGUUAACAUGUGAAAUAGCCAUACCAUAAUAUGAAUAUACAGCUGUUUUGAGAAAGUUUGUCGAAAAAAGAAAGGUGUAAAAGUGCACGCAAUGCCUGGGUAGUUUUCAGGUCGCGGUUCCUAAACCUCAGGAUUUCAGAAUCCCAGAAAACGUCACUGAAAAGAAAAGGAAUAGCGGGUUGAUGAAUCUAUCUAUUUAUUUGAAUUGUUAAAAUUUACUGAUUCCUGAAUGCCCAGACUACCUUUCGAGAUCGUCGUGUGCACUUUUGUGCUUUAUUCCAACAACCUUUCUUGAAACAACUGUAUUAAAUCAACAUAAUGUUUCUUUCCUUCACAUAAUGUAUUUUUAAUAAGCCUGUUCCAGGGUAAAGUUGGUGAUUUUUACUUUCUUUAUUAGGCGUAAAGCAGUCAGUAUGGCCCGACCAUCCACUUCGGCAGAGGCGGACAGGGUGCCAUCCCACUGGUCUUCUAUUCCUGAUGGCAAGGAUUACUUGUGUGAACGUUUGUCAACCAUCACUGAAGAAUACAAGAAGACAGAGAAGAGAUUCAAUGAUUCAAUGGAAAAGAGCCACAAAAUUGUCUCCAUAGAGCGAGUGCAGAACCUGGAACUGUGGAUUCAAUAUGCACAGUAAGUUAUGAGUUGAAGGACAUAGGAUAGGCUUGACGGCUUCUUUUGUUUAACCCUUUGGCACCUAAAAGUGACUAGCAUUUAAUUUCUCCUCACAAUAUCACCCCUGAAUCAAACAUGAAGGCGACGAGAAUUAAGAAGUUGAUCACCAACCAAAGAAGCUCUUGAUUGUUCAACAAAUUCUCCUCAUCAGCACCAUAGGAAGUGUGUAGAGAACAGUAAGGAGAACAUGCAUACUGAUGCUACAGUGUAAAGGGUUAAGUGGUUCGCCUAUUUCCAUUGCCGCCAUUUGAUAGUUUUUUUGUUUUAAUUCCGCUAAGUGAAGGAAAUCGUUUAGCUCAUUUUCAGUCUUGUGGCACUCUAAGAUGAUAUGACAGAAUGAUUUUUUAACGGGUAGAUUCCACGUUACGGUGCGUCUGUUCAGUAAUAGAUCACAGUUGACGUCAAAAUGUGCUGAGAACAAAAACUAUUGUUGCUGACGUUCUUACCACAUUUUGACGUCUUCAGUGAUCUAUUACUGAACAGACCCACAGCAACAUUGAAUCUAUUUGUUUUAUGUAAUGAAAAAGCAAAAUGCAGUUAAUGAUGACCAAUCAAAAUGCACGUAGAAUUCGGCUUAUCAUAUGGGUUAAGAUUUUGCCGAAAGUUAAAGAGACAAAAGCUCAAAAAGGUGGCACCAAGUAUCUUACACAAGAUUGCUGAACGUAUUUUUACAUCCUUUUUUUCCUUCGUGAUUUGUAGGAAGAAGGGCCGCAUGGCCAAGAAAAGCGGCAAAGAGCCCGAAGAACGCCAACUCUUCCAUGGAACAAAACCUGACACUGUCAAAGCAAUCUGCCAACAGGGAAUCGACUGGCGAAUGUGUGGAAAACAUGGUACAGCUUAUGGCGAGGGAAGUUAUUUUGCUUCUAGUGCUAAGUAUUCUCACCGUUAUUCCAAUCACGGUGUUACUCGUGGUAAUAAGCAGAUGUUCUUGGCUAAGGUUCUGGUGGGUUCUUUUACAGCUGGAGACAAAUCUUUUAAAAGGCCUCCUCCUAAAGAUUCAUCCAAUCCACAUGUGUUGUAUGACUCCUGUUGUGACAACACAGCGAAUCCGGCAUUGUUUGUUGUGUUUGAAAAUGGGCAGUCCUAUCCUGAAUUUUUGAUCACUUACACAUGAUUUAUUAACUUUCUUUGUUUACCGUGAUAUAAUGAACAAUAAUGUAACGAAACGUAACGAAAUGGCACAUCUUGUAGCCACCUAAGGGAUGGUAAUGUGACCUGAGGUAGCAAAAUGAACUGUAAAGUAACGUAACAUAUCAAUGAUACUGCAUACCAUCAUAGUCAAAAUGUGCUCUUCUCAGCAUAAGUCGAUAGAUGAGUUCAAGUGCUUUAUUUUCUUAAUGUUUUUUGAAAUAGUUUUCAUUUACUUUAAUGACAGUUUUAAAUAUUCAAAACAGAUUAACGCCGUAUCGUCAAAGAGGAUUCAUUCUUCUCUAAAUAAGAAGAGAUAAAAAUUUGAUAGUUUUUUUUUUAUAUAUAUUUACAAGUAGUCCAUGAAAUUUUGGAAAAUUCCUUUAAAGGUGGAAAAAAAGUAAAGUAGAAGAAAUAAGAAGAAAUUAAAAGUAAUGAAAUAACAUAAAUAUAGUGGGUGAGUUUCUAAAGAAACUGUGGUGUUGCAUCGGUGGGAGAGUAUAACGGGGUAAUUUGGUAUUAUCAACUGAGUUGGUAAUGUAAAUUGGUCAUCGCAAAGAGUUGCAGAGCU